AUGGCAGCCGCCCCACCGUCCCACCUCCUCCCGCGUGACGCGCUCGAAGCCCAGCUCGCGACCAUGGACCUCUUCGCCGCCAUGUUUCCCGCGCCGGGGGAGCUCGAACUGUCGGAUGAGACGGAGCAGGCCGCCGCGCGGUUGCGCGCGUGGUGUGAUUCUGCGGACCUGGAUACCUCUUCAGACGCUACACACCCUCCAGGCGUUGCGCACCCUCCAGGCACGCCCGCCGAGCUCGCCUUCGCGAGCGAAGCGCGCACCAUCCGCAUGGACGUGACAGUGCCGCUGCGCAGCACGGAAGCAGACGCGACGGAGCCGCCAGCAUUGCGCUGGGCGCUGCGGCAGCCUCACUGGCUCGCGCGGGCCGAGCACACGGCGCUGGGGCAAGCGGUGGCCGAGGAAGCUGGAGACGACGUAUUUGGGGCCGUGGAAGCGGUGCGGGCGCACGGCGCAGCGGCCGCGAAAGCUGCGAACGGUGAGGCGACGGAGGGGGGCGGAGGCGAUGCGAGUGCGCGUGCGGAGCUGGUGCGCGCCUGGUUCUACUUCCCGUCCCUCAGCACGCGCGCCAAGCGCCUCGACCUCGUCACCACCGCGCCGUCAUACGCGCUGACCGGCUUCGUGCUCGCGGGCAAGCCGGGCGUGCUGUGCCUCGAGGGCCGGGCCGGCGACAUCGACGCCUACAUGCGCUACAUCAAGGCGGUGAGCUGGAGCGACAUCCCCAGCCACCAGAAGAAGGUGUCGGAGCGCUGGCGCGAGGCCCCCGUCCUCCAGAGGGCGUUUGCCGAUAUGGCGGAGAUUACGGACGCGCUGGGCGAGCGGCAUGGUGAGCGGGCGAAUCGCGGCGAUAUGAAGGCUUUGGAGGCGUGGUUGGGGGAGAGGGGCGUCGGCGAGGCGUUUGCGAGGGUUGUGUUGUCGUAG